AUGUAUGAACGUAUAGCUGUGGAGUACUUGCUGGCACAGUCUGACAGAGGAGACCUGCUCUCUCCACUGGAGCAUGGUGAAGUGGGCGUAACUCUGCCAGAGAUGCAGGUUGAGGUUCAGGAGGAUGAGUGUCUGGAUGUCACAAUAUGUGAUGCAGCCGACAUCAGUUUAGAUACCCACACCCUUGGCAGAUCAAGUAGUCAUGAUUCAUUAAGCUCCUCUCUGGAAGCCAGUGUUCCAAUAGAUGGCUCUUGCAGUCCUGAUGUUGAAGACAUUUUCUGUGCUGAGCCUAGCACAUCAGCUCCGGACAGUAGAUGUGAUUCAAGGGGUGUUCCUGGAUGGGAGGCAGUGGAUAACCUUGCAAGGUUCCUUGUCAGCCUCAACCGCACUAUCACUGCUUUGUCAACCAACGAGAUAGCAGAGAUUUUAAGGUUAUAUUCGUGUCUGCAUGCCAUUGAUCAGUCCUCCUCCAAGUAUUCCCUUAAGUGCAAGAAAAAGAUCUUGGAAGGUCCUUGGAGAGCUUCACGGAAGCGUAGUGGCUCAGCCCCUGGCCAGCAAGCAGCUGAGAGACUGUUCAUGAUUCAUGGCCAGGCUGCCGAGAGACCUGAUGCCAACAGGAUUUCAGAAUGUGUCGCACUCAAGCUUUUGAAGGAGUUCAAUGAAGCAAGAAACAGGCCCAGAGACAACAAGGGCAAAGUCUUUGCCAUUCCUCAGGCGAUUGUGAUGACAUACAGUCACAUUAAGCAGCUGCUUGAAGACUGCAGAGAGAUACUGGAGAAGACCAACUUGGUGCUAGUUACGGUCAACAACACUACAGUGUCGUCUUGGCUUCUUGACAGGAAAACAAGAACGGGUCGAGACACCUUGCUGCAAGGAGUGCAAUUCCAUCAGUAUAAAUGAGCCGCUUCCAAAGCCUAAAGAGCUCCCAUCUGCACCUGUACAACAUGGACAUGUUG